AUGGAUAGCGAUGAGUAUAAAAAAGAAGUUGAAGCAAAUGUAAAGGCAGAAAAACUUUUACAGUUGCAAAACCAAACCGUACAGUAUGAAAACUUAGCACAAGAAAGUAAAAAUAACGACGCAGCCAUGCAAAAGGCAAUGAAAAGCGCAGAAUAUAUAAAAGCUAACAAUGACUGGUUAGAUACCCAAGCCAACGCUAAAGCAGCCCAGCUUAUAGGGUCAAUAAGGACAAAAAUACAAGCGGAUGAAGACAGUUCAAAUGAAGCUUUAACAAAUGCUGACUUUAAGAACGCCUUCGAAGCUCUUCAUAGUAAGGUGAAACUAGUGAACGACUUCUCAUCUGGAAAGAAACUGAAGUCUGAAGGUUUCGACAAAGAGUUAAGAGAAGUAGCACAAAAUAUGACGAAAAUAACAGAUGCAGCAACGAGACAGGCAGUUCAAAGUGCCUAUGACGCCGUUAGAGCAACUGUUGUGGAAAGUCAAGAAAAAGAGUUACAACAGACCAAAACAGACCUAGUAAAUGCUUUCUUAAAAACGAAAAGUCAGGUAGGACAUUAUGCUGCAGAUGGAACAUAUGUGCCAGCUGGUGGAACUUAUAUACCACCAAACCCUCCAAGAGAAGCACCUGCACCAGGACUACCUAAAACAUUUACAUCGUCACAUGGACACAGACACAGGCAUGCACCACAACAACAACCAAAACCAACAGUUCAAAAUCCAGCACAACAACAACCAAAACCAACAGUUCAAAAUCCAACACAACAACCACCUCCACAACAACAACCACAACCAGCACAGCAACCAACAGUUCAAAACCAACAGUUCAAAAUCCAACACAACAACCAACAGUUCAAAACACUGCACCACAACCAACACAGCAACCAACAGUUCAAAACCCUGCACAACAACCACCUCCACAACAACAACCACAAACAGAGCAAGGACAUAAAAGAAGUAGAGAACAAGGAAACCAAGAUUUCUUAA